AUGAAUCGACAACAAAAUAACCAGUGUGCAAUUAGUGGAUGUCCCGGAAAGUUGCUGGAAGGAAUACAUGUAUUCAGAUUUCCUAAAGAGCAUCACAGAUGGUUGCAGUGGGUUAAAGCAAGUGGAAGAUUAGAUUUAGAAGUAAAGGGUUCCCAAUAUUCUUAUAGAAAUAUACGUUUGUGCUCUUUACAUUUUGAGGAGAAAUGGAUAAAAAGAAGUAAAGUUAAAGUUCUUCUUCAUCCAGAUGCCAUACCCACAAAAUUUGGAAAAGAUGUGGAAAUAUCUUUAAAACAAAUACAAAUGACAACAGCAGAAAAAAAAGAAAAAAUUAGGACAGCUCAUAAGAACAUACAAGACCAAAUGUACGAUCAAGGACAAGAAAAAGAAACAGAAAAAAUGGAAAAUAUGAACAUAGAUGAAGAAAGUAUACAAGAGAAAAUAAGUAUGGACACAACAGAAAAAUUACAUGACAAUUUACAAUCAUCGCAAGCAGUGCUGUCAAGUGAUAUGGAUGUUAACAUGGAAAUAGCUCAACC